UACUUUUUUUUUUUUUUUAACGUGUCAAUUUAGUAAUAUCACUAUAAUCCAUAAUAGCACUUUGACCUCUGGUGAAGCGCUUCUCGGAAUGCCAAUGGCAUGAGGCAGGCCUACCACACGAUAAAGCCCUCUUCUUCGGGUGCUAAAUACGGGUUAACGAUACCCUAUCUUCAUGAGUUACGAUGUCAAGUACCGCCACAAAAAUGUGGGGACCUGAGGAAACCUGACUGAAUUAGGCUCAGUUUUGACUUUAUUAUACACCUAUUUAUGUCAAAGUUAAAAACUGGAAAAAAAGUGGAAAUAACUAUAUUGAUAUUCUGCUUGCCUGGCACUGUGACAAGACUUGGUGACCACGGCCACUCACCACACCAAGGCAUGUUGUGUGUCUGGAAGUGAAGCACAAACAGCUGCCAUUGGUCACCCCGAAGAGGCGUACCGCUUCCCCUGGAGAAUUGGGAAUUCGUACCCCGCCUCUUCAGGAAGCACGUUUGCUUUGGCUUUUUGCACAUGGAGCGACCUUUAUUCAGGAAGUGUAACAAAACAUUGACAUCGUCCAUUUCAGUUGUUUUCAUGUGUGGUCUCAUUACGCCGAGAAUAAUUUCUAAAACGAAUGCAAUUGCGUUUAAUGAAAACAAAAAUAAAACAAACACAAAUGUGCACAAUGUGUUUGUGCAGAAUUUCGAAAUCGUGCGGGAAGCACCGCCACCCUUGAGGUGGAGUACACAAAUAGAGUUCCGGAUUGCUUCUUUUUAUAACUUUGGAGGAAUACUAUUUCAGUAAUCUAACUGUCGGAAAAAAUGGCGACUGCUCUGUGCCAGGGAAGAAACCAACUGGAUCUGUUAAUAAAAGCAGUUGAAGCUUCCUGUCAGAAUGAAGAUGAAACAAUGGAAACUAUUGAGGCGGCUGAGGCCCUGCUCAACAUGGACUCCCCGGGCUGCUUUGUGGAUGACAAGCGUAUCACUCAUGUGUUGGUGCCGUCGAUGGGUGAGGUAAUCCCUACUCCAGUUACAAGUGUAUCGGUAACAGCUGAUGGAAUUCCUGAGGUAGUGGAAGUUCAAGAGGGUCGGCACUCCCUGAGCGAAUCAGCAGCUGGGAAAACGCCAGACGAGCCCAAGAAGAAGAAAGGCAGAAAACCCAGACCACCGCGACCUGAUUCGCCUGUCACACCCAAUAUCUUAAUAAGAAAGAAAGCUAAAGAUGGCAAAGGCAAUACGUUAUAUCUUUGGGAGUUCCUAAUAGCCUUACUGCAGGACAGAUCCACAUGCCCAAGAUAUAUAAAGUGGACACAAAGGGAGAAAGGCAUCUUUAAACUGGUCGACUCCAAGGCUGUAGCACGUUUAUGGGGAAGACACAAAAACAAGCCAGACAUGAAUUAUGAGACAAUGGGCAGAGCUCUCAGGUACUAUUACCAGCGAGGUAUACUAUCUAAGGUAGAAGGACAGAGAUUGGUCUACCAGUUUAAGGAGAUGCCAAAAAACAUUGUCUAUGUUGAUGACAUGGAUCCGUCCUCCAACACAGAAUCCAUAGACAUGCCAGAGGCAGACAUGCCAUUAUGCAAUGAUGGGGCUUCACCCCGUUCCACCAAGAAAUCUCUUAGCAGCAGAAGUCCAGCCACAAAGCAGAGGGCCUCCACACACAGAGCAAGGCGAGGAGCAGCUGCAGUGCCUGCCCCCGGUGUGCUGGAGUCUGCAGUGGACAAAAAGGCAAUCAGGGCAGUCCGGCAGGUGGAGCUCAUACAGCAGCAACAUUUGCCAGUAGUGUCUGCGGAAAUGUUGAGAACUUUGCAGAGCAUCCAGUCAUUGAAACCAGGACAGCAUGGGUCUGUUUUCAGGACAGUCCAACUCAUGGAGCAUUUUCAUAAUGCCCAGGAGGGGCAGACUGUUUUAACCGCAGCACAGUGUGGCCAGACAGUCAGGUAUGUGUCGAUGGAUAUGUGGUCUUCCGUGUCAACCACUGCACCUACAGAGAGCAGCGUGAGCAGCCCGUCUCCGGUUCCAGUGGUAGUGUCACCAGGGAUGCAGCCGGUGGGCACUGUAACACUGCAGACCCUCCCGCUCACAACAGUCCUAGCCAGCACUGACCCGUCUGGGGCUUCACCACCCACCUUCUUCCUGCAAACCAUUCCCUCCCCUCAGGUGGCAGCUCCCACAUCUCCAGAUGCUCUGAGCAGAGUCUCUGGUCAGCAAGUGCUUGCGAACAGUAACAGGACUGCUUCUGUGCCUUCUUCCCCGACAGUCGGGGCUGCCGCCCCUGUGGUGACAUUCUCAGCGGGCGGCCAGCAGCUGGUGUCCCAUCCGCCCGGCACGGUGAUCGCCUCGGUAACCAAAGCAUCCGAAACCAAACACAGCCUGCCUCAGACACACCAGUGGGAGGAUAUGGAGAGCAGCCAGCGCACCGACCUCAAAUCACAGCCGCACUUCAGUGUAGUGGUGCUCAAUGACAUGUGGCUGCAAUCCGGGGCGACAAACGAUCAGACGGAAGACAUCUGAAAGGACUGCGUUGUCACUGGUCUCGUGUUUGUAAAUACAGUACGGUAGGUGGAAACGGUCAAACAAGUAGCAAAAAAAGUAAUCGCUUAACCCAUUCAUGCUUCGGAGAGACUUGAAGUAAACCCAUCUGCAGUGGAAAAAACUACAAAGGUGCAAAUAUUUCCCGCCCUUAAUUCACUGUGGCAUUUCCAUUGUUCUAUCUGUCACUGUGAAACUGAACUUUUCAUAUCUUAAACAGGAAAAAACAUACACAAACAACACAUGGAUUGUGUAAGUGUUGUACAAGUUACUGUGGUGUACUUUUAUUAAAUUAAACACCGUCAGAGCAGUCCUCCCCUCCAGUGGUUUUCUUUCUGGAAAGAGUUCCUUUGUAGUUAGAACUCAGCAUUCUGCACCAUCCUGCUUUACUGAAACUGGUAAAGAUAUCUGGGGUGCUGGAUGUCUCUGUCCAGCUUUGUGUGCCUGAAGGUACAGCAUGAAGGAGAGGGGUGCUUUUUUAAUUUUUAAUUUCUUUUUUUUAAUUUAGUUGUCGCCAGUGGAUUUUUUUCCCCCCUUUGUUUCCCAGUUUGGAAUAUUGAUCUCGCUCCACCGCUGCAACCCCCGCACCGACUUUGCGAAAUGGCAGCAGACACACGAGUCCUCUGAAACGUGCCCUGUCAGGCUGUCUUUUUUCGCACUGCAGGUCCACAGCAAAGCCAUCAGACCUAUAGUGCUGGAGGACAACACGGAUCUGAAAGGCUCCACAGCAGACCCGCUGGCACCCUGACAUACACAGGAGUCGCUGUUUCGUAGUGAAUCGAGGAUUACCCUGCCGACCUGAGCCCUCCUUACCCAGGUGGCGCUUGGCCAAUUAUGCGCCACCCCCUGGGAACUCCCAGUUAUGGUCUGCAAAUGACAUAGCCUGGGUACAAACCAGUGAUCUCCAGGCUACAGAGGGGUGCUCUUGACAUUUGAACAAUCCAUGAGAGGUUUUAGCAAAAUCCAGCUAUUCUACUACAGUACAGCCUCCUCCUUUUUUUAGUCGUACUUUCCAGAGAGGGAAAGGUUCAACUUUAUUUAAUGAAACAUUAACCUAAUCCCAGAUGUGCUUUCUACAUGAAUUCUCACAAAACCUUCCAGAUGUAAUUUGAAAUUCAAUGUAAAAAUAUGAAGGACUCUGCAAAGUGCUGCACGUUCAUGUAGCUGCAAUACAAAACAAGCUUAAUUUGUUUGUGUUUUAGUGGACUUUUCCAGCUUUAUUUAUAAUAUGUGUUUUUUUGAGGCCUUUUAAGAUACAUUUUUUGGAUGCGAUGGUGUACAAGCACAGCCUAUAAAACUACUCUUUUUUUAACAUAUCCAGUAAUGUAAAUAUCGUAUAUUAAAUUUGACUGGUAAUGGAUACAAAUUUCUAACUAAUUUUGUGAGCUACAUUUUUACACAGGUGCUGUAGGACUAUGAAUAUGUAUAGCAAUGUUUCUAAACAUUUUAUAUGCGAGUGGUUUUGUAUUUAUGGAAAUAAAUUUUAAAUUUUGAUGUGCA